AUGGCUACCAAGACACUUGAAGCGCGCCUCGAGCGUCUUUCAGUCAAAGAAGAACAUGAGAGCGUGCAAAAUGGCGGCGCUUAUCAAAAGUCCAAGAUCUCAUUGUCAACAGCCAUGCCCCCUACGAGUGCCGGACAAUAUAGUGGCUCCGGCCGAUCUAAUUUACUCAAGCUGGCUUUACAGAACACUAAUGAGAAUAAAGUGAAUGCAAUGAACGUCAAUUUGUCGCCGGUUAAGAGUUCUCAGAGUACGCUAUCACACCGUAAUCUCGACGAGAAUGGGGAGCAACGACACUUAACUCCACUCUACGACCAACCGUCCCCCAAAAAGUUACACUUGGGCAUGUUUGAAAUUGGCAAACCUUUAGGGAAGGGGAAGUUUGGUAGAGUUUAUCUCGCCAAGGAGAGAGCCUCCGGCUUCGUAUGCGCACUCAAGGUACUGCAUAAAUCCGAAUUGCAGCAGGGUGGAGUGCAGAAGCAAGUCCGACGAGAGAUUGAGAUACAAAGCAACCUUCGUCAUCCGAACGUCUUGAGGCUUUAUGGCCACUUUCACGAUAGCAAACGGAUUUUCCUUAUUCUCGAGUUUGCCGGCCGAGGAGAACUGUACAAGCAUCUCCGAAAAGAACAUCGAUUCCCUGAGUGGAAGGCUGCGCAGUACAUUGCUCAGAUGGCUGCUGCUUUGAAAUACCUACACAAAAAGCACGUCAUGCACCGAGACAUCAAGCCAGAAAAUAUUCUUGUUGGUAUUCAUGGUGAAAUCAAGAUCAGUGACUUUGGGUGGAGUGUUCAUGCACCUAACAAUCGGAGGCAGACAAUGUGCGGGACACUGGAUUACUUGCCCCCUGAGAUGCUUAAACCCGGAUCUCAGGACAAUUACUACAAUGAGAAGGUUGAUCUGUGGAGUCUUGGUGUUUUGACAUACGAGUUCCUAGUUGGGGAAGCGCCCUUUGAAGAUACGCCUGUCAUGACGCAGCGAAGAAUUGCCAGAGCCGACAUGACCGUACCGUCCUUCGUGAGUCCAGAAGCAAAAGAUCUAAUUAAGAGAUUACUUGUACUCGACCCAGAGAGGCGAAUUUCUCUGGAUGAGAUUCAACGUCAUCCAUGGAUUCUCAAGCAUUGUGUUAAGGAAACAAAGCGGAGUUCUGGUACAUCAAAGGAUGUCAAAGCAUGA